CUGCCUCGCUCGCCUACCUAUAGUACUAUGUACUUACCCACCUAGUGUAGAGGCAAACCUCCGUACAUGUAGAUUGUUCAUCCCCCGCUGUAAUUAUGUCAUUACACCCUUCCCUCGCUUCUUAGUACCAUAACUGAGAAUUGACGUUUCAUUGCAUCCCGCUUCAGAAUUUGACGUUCUACGGCAGAGUUACGUUUAAACUUUUCUCAUCGAUUGCAUCAACGAACUAAGCUCUACAUUCUAUUAGUGCCAGCCAUUUUGGAAUCAGUUGGUCUUCUACUAACUAGUAGCUAUCUUGGGCUGCCUAGUUGUGAUAAAACGUCGGGACAGUAGCGCCUCAUCUUACGAUCCCGAAUAAUUUUCUUAACAUCCUCACUGUAACUAUUUCAGAGUCUUUGAUAGAGAGCUAUCAAUCAAGCGUCAGCAUCGAAGACCAUGGCCUCUACCGCCAUUUCCCCAGAGACGCAAAGCGAUCUGGGCGAGUCUGCUCUGACAACCGUUUACCAUGACACAAUACGGUUCUUCCUCAAUGGCACUCAAGUGGUGCUCGAUGAAAUCGAUCCAGAGGUAACGCUUCUGGAAUACAUCAGGGGUAUUGGCCUGACGGGAACAAAACUUGGUUGCUCCGAAGGCGGAUGUGGUGCCUGUACAGUUGUGAUCAGCCAGUACAAUCCAACUACCAAACAGAUAUACCAUGCUAGCGUGAAUGCAUGUCUAGCACCCCUCGCGAGCGUCGAUGGAAAACACGUAAUCACUGUCGAAGGCAUUGGCAAUGUCAAGAACCCACACCCUGUUCAGGAGCGAAUCGCUAAGAGCAAUGGGAGCCAGUGCGGGUUUUGUACCCCUGGUAUCGUCAUGAGCUUAUACGCCCUGCUGAGGAAUAACGAGAGUCCUACCGAGUACGAAAUCGAGGAAGCAUUUGACGGAAAUCUCUGUCGUUGUACAGGCUAUCGGCCCAUUCUUGAUGCUGCCCAAACUUUCAGUGUGAAGAAUGCAUGCGGAAAGAGCUCUGCCAACGGGGGUUCAGGCUGUUGCAUGGAGAAUGGCAGUCGUGCGGAUGGAGGGUGCUGUAAGAACGGGGACAUGGACAACAGCCAGCUUAUCAAGCAAUUCACGCCACCAGGUUUUAUUGAGUAUAACCGAGAUACCGAGCUCAUAUUCCCUCCAUCUUUAAAGAAGCAUAAGUUUCGCCCACUAUCUUUUGGAAACAAGAGAAAGAGAUGGUAUCGCCCAGUUACACUUGAUCAGCUUCUUAAUAUCAAGCACGUAUAUCCAAACGCUAAGAUCAUUGGAGGAAGCACCGAAACUCAAAUUGAGAUCAAGUUUAAGGCUUUGCAAUAUCCAAUAUCGAUCUUUGUCGGAGACAUUCCUGAAUUACGACAGUAUAGUUUUAAAGAGGACUAUGUUGAGGUGGGCGGAAAUGUUAUUCUUACCGACCUUGAGACUAUCUGUCAAAAGGCGAUAGAGCAUUACGGCAAAGCGAGGGCUCAAGUUUUCGAGGCUGCAUAUAAACAACUCAAGUAUUUUGCCGGAAGGCAAAUCCGAAAUGUUGGAACUCCAGCAGGCAACUUGGUUACGGCGUCUCCAAUUUCUGAUCUGAACCCAGUGUUCAUGGCAUCGAACUCUAUUCUGAUUGCUAGGUCUCAAAGCAAAGAGACCGAGUUGUCCAUGGCGACAUUUUUUACAGGCUACAGACGAACCGCCCUAGACGAAGACGCCAUUAUUACAUCAAUCCGCAUCCCACUAACACGCGAGAAGGGAGAUUACUUCAGAGCGUACAAGCAAACGAAGAGAAAAGACGAUGACAUUGCCAUCGUCACUGGUGCGCUCCAUGUACGCUUGGACCAAAAGGGUAUUGUCGAGUACUGUAAUCUUGUCUAUGGUGGUAUGGCCCCGUUCACUACUGCAGCAAAGAAUGCGAAUGCAUACCUUGAAGGGAAAAUGUUUGCUCAUCCAGGAACCCUUGAGGGUACUAUGAACUCGCUCGAGUUAGACUUUGAUCUCGUCUUCAGCGUUCCUGGAGGCAUGGCCUCUUACCGAAAGUCUUUAGCUCUCGGGUUCUUCUAUCGCUUUUAUCAGGAUGUACUGUCAGAAAUCAGCUUAGACAGUACACAUGGUGACAGCGAAGUCGUUGAAGAACUAGAGAGGGUCUUGUCAACUGGGUGGAAAGAUGAGGCGGCGACAUUCGAAUAUGUUCAAGAGUUCGUUGGGAAAGCUGCCAAUCACGUCGCUGCCCUGAAACAAGUCACCGGUGAGGCACAAUAUACCGACGAUAUCCCCCCUUUAAAUAAUGAACUCCAUGCCUCGAUCCUGUUUUCUACCCGAGCACACGCCAAGAUUAUCUCUAUCGAUUACUCUGCUACCCUCGAUAUUCCUGGAGUGAUUGACGUUGUUGACAAGAACGACCUACACAAUCCAGAUGACAACCAUUGGGGAGCACCAAUUGCUGACGACCGUUUCUUUGCCGAGGAUGAGGUCUUCGCUGCCGGCCAGCCAAUAGCAGUUGUACUAGCGACCUCAAAGGCGAGAUCGAUAGAUGGCGUACGCGCCGUAAAGAUUCAAUACGAAGAUCUGCCCGCUAUAUUUACAAUGGAGGAAGCUAUUGAGAAAGAUAGCUUUCACAAUUGGUCAAAUAGCAUUCAAAAAGGUGAUGUUGAGGAUGCUUUUAAAACUUGUGAUCACGUCUUCACGGGAGUGACGCGAAUGGGUGGGCAGGAACAUUUUUAUCUUGAGACUAACGCUUGUGUGGCUAUUCCGAAACCUGAGGAUGGCGAAAUGGAAAUAUGGACGAGCAGCCAAAAUCCCACAGAAAGCCAGGCGUACGCCACGAAGAUCCUCAACGUCCAGGCCAAUAAAGUUGUCGUCCGUGUGAAACGCUUGGGCGGUGGGUUCGGUGGCAAAGAAACCAGAUGUGUUCAGCUGAGCACUAUGAUGGCUUUGGCUGCGCAGAAAACCAAACGUCCAGUUAGAUGUAUGCUCAACCGCCAUGAAGAUAUGGCAAUGACUGGGCAACGUCACCCCUUCCUUACGAAGUGGAAAGUUGGCGUCAACAAGAACGGCAAACUUCAAGCAUUGGACGCCGAUGUGUUUAAUAAUGCUGGGUGGUCCUUCGAUCUUAGUGCAGCCAUUUGCGAGCGCUGCUUAACCCAUAUUGACAAUUGCUACUUGAUUCCGAACGUAUAUGUCCGUGGACGCAUUUGUAAGACAAAUGUUAUGUCAAAUACGGCAUUUCGUGGGUUUGGAGGCCCUCAAGGCAUGUUUAUCACCGAAUCUAUUAUAUCAGAAGUGGCCGAUCGAUUGGACAUUACGGCAGAAACGUUCCGUGAGCUCAAUUUCUACAAAACUGAUGAGAUGACACAUUUCAACCAAGCUUUACAAGACUGGCAUGUACCAUUAAUGUACAAACAAGUGCAGGAAGAAGCAAACUACGCAAAGCGGCGAAUAGCUGUUGACGACUUCAAUCGAAAGAACAAAUGGCGUAAGCGAGGUCUCGCAUUAAUACCAACCAAAUUUGGCAUCUCUUUUACUGCCUAUUGGUGCAACCAGGCGGGUGCGUUAGUUCACAUCUACCAUGAUGGAUCGGUAUUAGUUGCUCAUGGGGGCACUGAGAUGGGUCAAGGAUUGCAUACUAAAAUGAUUACAAUUGCAGCUGAAGCACUUCAGGUCCCUAUGGAAACGGUAUAUAUUUCAGAAACGGCUACGAAUACCGUUGCUAAUACAUCUUCCACUGCUGCUUCGGUUUCAUCCGACCUAAACGGGUAUGCUAUCUGGAAUGCAUGUGAGCAAAUAAAUGCACGACUAGCUCCAUAUCGAGAGAAGCUGGGACCUAAAGCAACAAUGAAAGAGCUUGCACAGGCGGCUUAUUUCGAUCGUGUCAAUCUGAGCGCCAAUGGCUUUUAUAAAACGCCGGAGAUUGGAUACACAUGGGGCGAGAAUACAGGCAAAAUGUUCUUCUAUUUCACUCAGGGCGUCACUGCUGCCGAGGUUGAAGUUGACUGCCUCACUGGAACAUGGACUUGCUUACGCGCUGAUAUCAAGAUGGAUGUCGGACAAUCAAUCAAUCCCUCCAUCGACUACGGCCAGAUUCAGGGCGGAUUUGUUCAAGGAAUGGGUCUCUUUACAAUGGAAGAGAGCUUAUGGCUACGAAACGGUCCUUCGGCAGGUAACUUGUUCACGAAGGGGCCAGGCGCCUACAAAAUCCCGGGAUUUCGCGAUAUUCCCCAGGAGUUUAAUGUUAGCCUUUUGAAAGGUGUGACGUGGGAAAAUCUCCGGACUAUCCAGCGAAGCAGAGGCGUUGGCGAACCACCCUUGUUUAUGGGGAGUACAGUGUUCUUCGCCAUCCGAGAUGCCCUCAAGGCUGCGCGUGCAGACUACGGCGUCAAAGCCACGCUAGGGGCCGAAGGUGGUGAAAAUGAUGGUCUACUCAGGCUGGAAAGUCCGGCCACCCCUGAACGAAUUAGACUGUCUUGCGUUGACCCGAUUAUGGAGCGGGCUCGCGUGGUACCUAAGCAAGGCGAAAAGAGCUUCUUCAUUGCUAUUUGAAAAAUCAAUAUGUGUUGAGGUAUAUUAGCGGCAAGUCAAUGGGAGGAGAAUUUGAAAUCUUUCACGCACUCAUACCACAUAUGACAUUGUACCUGACCUUUAAGAUUCAACAUACCCAUAACGGAUAUAAUUAGCUUUAGUUUUAAACCCAGUUUCCUGUUUAUACUAUAGUAAAUUUCUAUAUUCUCUAUCUUAUAUAACAUUAUAGCAUUAACCCUAAAUAGAUUCCUCG